GAACAUCGUCUUAAUUACGUCUGUCUUCUUCUGCCCAUGUUUCAACGUUGUUCACCCUUAAACGGUCAGGAUGCACAAGCUAGUAUGCGCCGGUUGGCUCCUGCUCCUGUCCCUCUCGUGGUCCAAGCCGGUGGUCUCUUCCCGCUCCGGUGGCCCUCGCUACCAGACCAUCUUCAGCUUCGGCGACUCCUUCGCCGACACGGGCAACAACCCCGUCGUCUUCGGAUGGUACUCCGUCUUCGACCCCGUCACGCGGCCUCCCUACGGCACCACCUUCUUCGGCCGCCACACUGGCCGCAACGGGGACGGCCGGCUCAUCAUCGACUUCAUCGCUGAAAACCUGGGCCUGCCGUAUGUGCCGCCCACCCUAGCGCACAACGGCAGCUUCCGCCGAGGUGCCAAUUUCGCCAUUGGAGCCGCCACCACCCUCGACGCCGGUUUCUUCCACGAGAGGGACAUUCCCGGUGGCUCCAGCAAGUUCCCCCUCAACACCAGCCUUGGCGUGCAGCUGGAGUGGUUCGAGUCCAUGAAGCCUACAUUGUGCCGCACAGCUCGAGAGUGCAAGAAAUUCUUGGGCAGAUCCCUCUUCUUGGUGGGCGAGUUCGGAGUCAACGACUAUCACUUCUCUUUCCAACGGAAAACGGUGCAGGAAGUCAGAUCCUUCGUGCCAGAUGUUGUCGCCAACAUCUCCAUCGCCGUUGAGAGGCUGAUCAAGCAUGGGGCGAGGAGCCUGGUGGUUCCCGGCGUGAUCCCGUCCGGAUGCUCGCCGCCGAUACUGACCAAGUUCGCCAAUGCCCCACCGGCAGCAUACGACUCCAAAACCGGCUGUCUGACAGCGCACAACGAGCUGGGGCUGUACCACAACGCGCUGCUGCAGGCGGCUCUCGGGAAGCUCCGGGCCAAGCACCGCAACGUCAAGAUCAUCUACGCUGAUUUCUUCGGCCCAAUCAUGGAGAUGGUGGAGUCGCCGCACAAGUUCGGUUUUGAAGAGGACGUACUCAUGGUGUGCUGUGGAGGGCCUGGAAGGUACGGAAUGAACGCGACGGUUCUAUGCGGCGAUGCAGCCGCGACGACGUGCCGGGAUCCCUCUGCUCGGCUGUACUGGGACGGCGUCCACCUGACAGAGGCGGCUAACCGGCACGUCGCCGAUGUCUGGCUGGGCGAGAUCAACUCGUCCAGUCAGCCGCAAGCAGGGCCCAAAGGGGCCAUGUCGACUGGGCCGUCACAAAAUAUAGGGGCGGGAACAGUGAUGAACUAAGUGAGCUGAAAGAUAAUUUGUCCAGUUCAUUGUUUGAUACACGGCAUCGCCAUGUAAUUUGUUAUCCGAAGGGAUGAAGCUGCAGGGUCAAUCAGCCUCCUGUUACGUUUCUUUUACGGUAUUUUUUUAUGCGAAAUCUAUGUUCAGCUUCA